CCUCGUCUCCGUGGAUCCGACUUCGAACGGGAAGGCUCGAUUCUAAAGCUUCGUUCCGGGGUUUCGGCUUUUGCAAUGGAGAAGGCGUGGGUUCGGUGCUGCGAUGGAGUCUCUGCAAUCGUCUUCACCGUUUCUUAUGCAGUCUCCCUCUUCUUCUUAGCUAUUGUCGGAAGUACAUUGGGAGCAUUCGUGGGAAUUCUGAUCGGUGUAAAAAGCCGGAACAACCUCUUCUACACCGUGGUGGUAGGAGCAAUUGCUGGCGGCAAGUUCUUGACUAAUGCCUUCAGAAUGUCCAUUUCUUUUUGGCUGUCUGAUGAUUGUUUUUUCAGCAACAUUCUUCAAUCGACUGACUCGACGACAGAACUCGAUGCCGGAGAAUUAGUUCAACCGUUGUUGUAUAGUCUCACCCUGUCGAGAUUAGAGCAGACUCUGGCACAUGCCGACAAUAUGAUCAGCGAAAUCACGGUAGACCACGCCAAAGUGUCGAAGAAUUUGUGCGACAGGAUUCCCAGGAUUAAAAUAACAGAGGACCGCUUGUUGGAUUCUUCAAGAAACAGAAACUCCUGCUCAAUAUGCCUUCAGGACUUCGAAUGUAAAGAUGAGGCGAGGAGACUGCCUAACUGUCGCCACUUGUUUCAUCUGCAUUGCAUCGAUAAGUGGAUUUGCAAGCAAAGAUCUUGUCCUUUAUGUAGAAGUCCCGUAGUUCAAGUGAAUUAA